GCAAUAAAGCAGCAACGAGAAGCCCAUUCCACGAGCCGUGCAGUGGCAGCCAUGGCUCAAGCGCUAGUGCAGAGUGGUCUGGGUCUCCAUCAGCAACUGACCACGGCAUCUCCGCAAGCGCUCGCGGUGUCGCUCUUGGUGGUCUUCUGCCCUCUCCUCCUCCUGCUCGCACGCUUCGCGACCACGGCCAAAGCCACGACUCCUCGCGAGAAGCUGCUCGCGAAGCUCCCGUCGCCUCCCAGCAGGCUCCCCGUCAUCGGGCACCUCCACCUGGUGGGCUCCCUCCCCCACGUCUCGCUCCGUGACCUGACCGCGAAGCAUGGCCGCGGCGGCGUCAUGCUCCUCCGCCUCGGCGCCGUCCCGACCCUCGUCGUGUCGUCCGCUCGCGCCGCGCAGGCCGUCCUUCGCACGCACGACCACCUCUUCGCAUCCCGGCCGCGCUCCGUCGUCACGGACAUCCUCUUCUACGGCUCGUCGGACAUCGCCUUCUCCCCUUACGGCGAGCACUGGCGCAAUAUCAGGAAGAUCGUCACCACGCAGCUCCUCACGGUGAAGAAGGUCCGCGCCUACCGCUUCGUCCGUGAGCACGAGGUGCGAUUGGUCAUGGAAAAAAUUGGAGAGUCAGCUGCCUUGGGCAAGGCGGUCGACUUGAGUCGGCUAUUACCCUCCUUCACCAAUGAAAUCAUGUGCAACAUCGUCUCGGGCAAGCUGUUCAAGGACGAAGGCCGGAACAAGCUGUUCCGCGAGCUGACCGAAGCAAACUCCCAGCUCCUAGGGGGCUUCAACUUGGAAGACUAUUUCCCAAGAUUGGGGAGGCUGGGCGUGGUGAGGAGGGUGGUCUGUGCAAAGGCCGAGAAGGUGCACAAGAGAUGGGACGACUUCCUUGAUAUGCUCAUCGAUGGCCAUGCUAGCAAGUCAGUAGCAAAUUGCAGUGAUGACAACAAGAUCAGUGACUUAAUCGACGUGUUGCUCUCUAUUCAACAACAGUAUGGACUCACCAGAGACAAUGUUAAAGCAAUAUUAGUGGACAUGUUUCAAGCUGGCACGGACACUUCAUCCAUUGUGAUGGAAUACGCAAUGGCUGAGCUCAUGCAGAAACCGUGCCUCAUGACAAAGCUACAAGCUGAGGUGAGGAGGAUAGUGCCCAGAGGAAAGGACAUGGUUACAGAAGACGAUCUGAACAGCAUGACCUAUCUGAAGGCUGUCAUCAAAGAGACGCUCCGGCUACACCCACCGCUUGUGCUUCUUGUGCCUCAUCUUUGCCUGGCCGACUGUGAUAUAGAGGGAUACACAAUCCCUGCAGGUACACGAGUGAUUAUUAAUGGUUGGGCUAUCGGCCGGGAUGCUAGCUCUUGGGAGAGGGCAGAUGAGUUUGAGCCUGAGCGAUUUAUGGAAGGAAGCAGCAUUGCCGCUGUUGACUAUAAUGGAAACGAUUUCCUGUUCUUGCCGUUCGGGAGCGGGCGAAGGAUGUGUCCGGGUACGAACUUUGCAAUUUCGACCAUGGAGAUCAUGCUGGCAAACCUCAUGUACCACUUUGAUUGGAAGCUACCUGAUGGAUACAUGAAUGUAAACAUGACAGAGUCCUUUGGGGUGACGGUGCACCGGAAGGAGAAGCUCCUCCUUAUCCCGGUACAACCGUGACACUAGCUGCUUGUUUAUCUAUUCUAUCAUCUCCGGUGUUAUAGUAUGUGUGGGGCCAGUACUGUGCUUGUAAGCAUCGACACAAUAAUGAGCAUAUAAAACAUGCAUCUUGUCUGGUGACUAUUUGUA